UUUUUAAAAAGGUGCGAAAAAUCAAGAAUUAAUAUUUUGGAAGAAAUGGCAAAAAUAAAAGCGUGUACACAAACAGGCUAAAUGACAGAAUCAGCUGCAAUCCUCUGUUCCCUAGAUCGUAAGCUGCGUGUAAACACUGAGAAAUAACGGGACAUUGCAACAGCAGAGCGAGUCUGAGAGGCCAGUGCCAAUGCCACUGCCAUCAGCCGGGGCAGGAGGAGGAGAGCUGCGAGGCGGGCACACAAGAGAGCAUCCAACGAACCUCAACUGGUGUGUAACAUUCACACGGCACAGCCACCGAGCCCACAAGCCCGGGGCCGGGGCUGCUCUCUGUCGGGGGUCCCCUGGCUGCGCCCCUACCACCCCCACCGGGCUCCACCCUUCCCCGCCAGGACACCUACUCGUGCGAGUGCUUGUCGUCGGGCUCCUGCAGCAGGUGCAGUCAGACCGCCUGUUUGUGUGUGAGCGGAGCCUGGGUAGGGAGCGCAGCGCUGCCGCCGCCGCCUGGCCGCCCAGCGAACUCCGGCCGGGGAAUCGCUCGUCACCGCCAAGAGCAGCAAAUGGCGGAGAAGCUGCCCGGUCUCGGCCUCUACCUCAGCCCCGGCAACGUGCUGCUUAGUGGGGGCAGUAUGGACGCGGAGAAGCUGCAGGCAAGCGGAAAAUCAUUCGAGAAUGUAGAACUUGGAGACAUGAGUACGAAGAAACAAAAGGUUCCUCGGAGAAUCAUUCAUUUUGCAAGUGGUGAAACUAUGGAGGAGUACAGCACAGAUGAAGAAGAGCAGGAAGAAGAUAAGAGAGAUUUGUUGCCUACGAUUGAUGUUAGCAAACUUCCUUGGGGCCCAUUUCUGUGGUUCUACAUGCUAAGAUUUGCUACAGGAACACUAUCAGUGUGCGACUUCUUAGGAGAAAAAUUAGCUUCCCUUUUUGGUAUAAAUGCACCAAAGUACCAGUAUGCUAUUGACGAGUACUAUAGGAUAAAGAAAGAGGAGGAGGAGGAAGAGGAAGAAAAUAAAAUGUCAGAAGAAGCUGAAAAGAAUUUCCAAGAACAAAUGGAAAAGCAGCAAGAUGUAGUCAGUGCACAUGAGGGUUUGCCAGCCGUUAAUGCAUCAUUUGUAAAUGUCAGUUUUGAAAUGGAAAAUGAUCCUACACCUAUAUCAGAAACCAAACAAAGAGCUGAUCCUAUCCCAACUUAGAGGAGGCUCUACAAAUGGAAGUUAAACAGGCGCUCAGUUCAGCCCUUUCCUCCUGCCCAAAAAAUAAACCAGGCCUUAAUUCACUAAUUGAAAAUGCAGCUGUGCCUUGUUAAAGUCAUUCACUUUUCACCUAAUUUGGCUUUCCAUCAUGAAUCUGCUAUAAUUAUCAUAAUAAUACUGCACAUCAGGAGUUUAUUGUUUAAUCUAUAUAAUUGCAUAAUUUAUUUGUAGUGUUUUUUUCUCUUUGUAAAUUAAUUGUCUAUUCACUUUUGUAAACUACAAAACUUUAAUAAAAUUUACGCAGACUAUU